AUGUUCCUAACUGGACUUUCGUAUUUUCAGGACUCCCCGUUAAUACAUAUGACAGGUGAUGGAAAACAAAAUAAGAGAAUUGACAACUUGGACGGUCAGAUUUUGUACUUAGCCUACUACAUAUAUCUAUGAGUAUAGCUAUACGUUCUAAAAAGCAUGCACUCUCGUAUUGCAUUUGUCCAAACAGUAACUUAAUUAUAUACCUCGUUCUUCGGAACAUAUAAUAUGGCGCAAUAUACUGUCAUAUUUUCCAUUCUUUUUUACGCACUUUUGAGGAACAUUUGGAAAACGGUCCGAGGAAAAUUAAUUCAAGGGUCCGAGGAAAAUGCCACUUUUUCCACGUCUGCAGGCUAGUUUUUAAAUAUAAACUAAAGCAUCUGUGAUUCUCAUCUAUCAAUUCGUUUUUUUCUCCAAACUCAAAGACCACUUAAUUUCUUGCCUUUGGACCUUAUUCCCCUUAUAACUAAAAUUUCGAUCUAGACAAAAAUUUCAUCACAGCUUGAAAGAGCAUCACAAAAUUAGUAAUAUUCCAAAGUUUUGUUGCAAAAUCUUGUAAAAUGCGGAUAAUAUAGCCUUGCGAAGUUUGCCGUUUUUCAGUCAUUUUGUAUUACAAUCGGGAAAUUGACAUCCGAUUCGGGUGUUGGGGCUGCAAUUUCCCGUUUGUAAUUUAAAAUGACUGAAAAUUGCAAACUUCGCAAGGCUCUAUUUUCCUCAUUUUACAACAUUUCGCAACGAAACUUUGGAAUAUUACUAAUUUUGUGAUGUUCUUUCAAGCUGUGAUGAAAUAUUUGUCUAGACUUGCCUAGAUCAAAAUUUUGGUUAUAAGGGGAAAGGUCUAUUGAUGUUUCUUUUUCGGUAACAUUUAACAUAUUUAACUGCAAUAAUUUAACCUCUCACCGGCGAUAUCUGAUUGCAUGCAUGUACUGUACAUUCAGCACGUUUAGUUAUAAGGGACCGUUCAUUUUUUAUCAGGAGGAGGGGGCUGGUGGUUUUGGGUGCUUUCAUUGAUAAUUUCGUCUCGACCCCCCAACAGAUGCAGGGAAAUUUCCAGUGACCCCCUUUCUACUCCAAGUUUUUUUUCCAUGAUCCCCGUACAUGCAUAUGGUCUUGAACUUUUGGUCAUGCUAGGUCCUACCCAAGCGUCAUAAGAUAAGCAAUUGUAAAGCAAUAUACUUCAUUUUAUAAUAGGACAAAUCUUCAUUGUUUUUUGGCUGUUUAAUAAAGUUACCGGAAGUGACAAUUUUGUGCAUUUUGGCCAAAAGAAACAAAAUAAAACUGAUUUACAUUUUGCAUUGCCUUAAUACUCAGUGUCACGUCCAGUAGCUUUUAAUAAACAGCCAUGAAGAUGAAGCUUUUUUCUAAGAAAAUAAAUUGCGUUUUAGAAUUCACUAAAUGUCUAAAUAUCACAAAUAUGUAAAAUUCCUAAUUGUUCAUGUGUACUUUAAAUUUAUAUUGUCUACUGAUGCAUGUACUAAAACUUUACUCUGAGUUUUUAUAAAUGAAAGAGCAUGAUAGUUGAUUGCUUUGAUUUUUAUAUAUUAUAUGUAUUCAUUGAUGUUUUGGUGGCCCCCUCAAAAUGUGACCCUCCCCUCUCACAUAGCUCCCUCCUGCUGAUAAAAAAUGAACGGUCCCUAACGGUAGCAUAUUAAAUUCGAUUCAAAAUUGUAGGCGAACAAACGAGAUUUUUCCGGUCAAUUGUGUUAGAGCUCGAUCAAUUAGUAGUGUUUGUACUAUAUUCUUCGUUGCUCAUCUUGUUCACGAAGAACAACGAUCUGGCGUCGUGAUGAGUAAAAAGCGAACUUUAAACAAGGCUUAAUACGGGGACGUGACAAAAACAGCCUUAAAUUUUACACUGUCUUUUAAAAUUACAAGGAACAACUCUAGUUAAGAACGUCAACAGGCCGGACGAGGCUUCUCAAUCACAAACCGUACGCACGUGUCGUUAACCUUAAUCCUUAAACUGUAUUAUUUUUCAUACGAUAGAUAAUAGACGACAAGUUUUCUUCUGCAAUCGAAGAGGUUUUCGAGUUCCCGUCCUACAUGCAUAAGGUUGCUAAUGACGUAGUUGAUAACCAGACAUAUAGUACUGCAAUGCGUUGCCCUCGAGCGUGCGCAAAUCAAGUGCACCACAAGCGAAGAGAUAUAUACUAUUUUUGAAUAAAUACUAAAGCUUACGAUUCUGACAAACCAACAGAUUACGGAUUCACGUGGCGUAUCUAAAGCGACGCCAAACCUCGUUUGGGCACCGGCUGUUCAUAUGGAGGCGGGCUGGCCCAGUUAACCGGGAUGAUUCGUUUAAUAAAGUUCUUUCACGGCUUUAAUAAAAAUCCAAAAUGACAUUUCAAAGCUGAGCUAGCUGAGCUAGUUUGAUUCCAGUAACAGUAUAAAGAUUAAAGUUCACUCAAACGAUCGUUUAUGGUCAUGAAAACAAUUUUGUGAGAGGAUUCAUCCCGACUAGCAGGGUUGGACCACCUCAUAUAUGAACAGACCCUAAGCGUGAGAAAAAUUGAAAUCAUAUUUUUAUUUCCAGAAUCAGCCGUGUCUUCCUGGAAUGUGACAUACAAGGCAGGCGAUAUCUCGUACAACAAAUCCGAAGGAAAGCUGACAAUCAAUGUCAAAGGAUUUUACUACAUAUAUAGUCAAAUGGCUUAUUGCGGGAAAAUAGAACGUAAAGUUGGACACACCAUGUCAAUUAACGACAAUGAUGUCCUGAAAUCGGCAAUAACUGCCUAA